AUAAAAUAAGCGAAUAAGAGCAAUCAUCAUUCAGUUCAACUGUCUGAAACGAUACCGCAACCAUGUACAAGCUGUUGAUUGUUGCCGCAUUUCUGGGUGUUGCCGCCGCCAAGCCCGGCAUCUUGGCGCCAGUAGCGUACACCGCGCCUCUGGCUUAUUCUGCCUCAGCAGUAUCUGUUGCUGCCCCAGCAGUACCAGUAGCAGCACCCAAUCUCCCCAUUGCCACACCAGCUCUCCGAGUUGCCGCCCCAGCAGUAUCAGUUGCCGCCCCCGCCGUCCCUGUCGCCGCUCCAGCUGUACCCGUCGCUACACCUGCUCUCCGCAUCGCCGCCCCAGCUAUCGCCGCUCAAGCUAUCGCUUAUUCUGGCCCAGCAUACGAGCCAUUGGCUUAUUCAAGUUACGCUGGACCAUACCCAUAUGCCUACAACUAUGGAUAUGGCAUUGAGACCUACCCAUCUUACUACUGGAAGAAAUGUAAAUUUGGUAGCACCAUAUUUUAUGUCAAAGCGCAAAUCAUUGUAGAGUUUAAUAGCCUGAUGCAUAAAAGAUGUAGAGACGAAGCUUGGACGAUGAGCAGGAACGUGCAAAGUAAAGACAAAAGUUAUGAUUGGCCAUGUAAUAUGAUCAUGCAUCAUUCUGUUUCCAGAAUUUCAACAAACACAACCAUGUACAAACUGUUCAUCUUAGCCGCCGUUCUUGGCUUCGCCGCCGCCCUCCCCGGAGGUUUGUAUGGCUACUCUGCACCUGCUGUAGCAGUUGCCGCCCCAGCUGUUGCCCCCCUCGCCUACUCUAGCUAUGCUGCCGCCCCCAUCGCUUACUCCGGAUAUGGUCUCGGUUAUGGAGCAGGUCUUGGAUACGGUUAUACAGCUGGACUCGGAUAUGGCUACGGACUCGGCGGUUACUGGAAGAAGUGAAAAGUUUAGUCCCAAUUCAACUGAAAUCAUUAUUUGACCACGCAUAUGUUCGAAAAUAGUUAUGACACGAAAUAAAUCGUUUUCAUAGCCCAAA